GCGAUGAAGAAGCAAUUAUCCUUAAAGGCUACCGCCGACAAGCUGCUUCAUUCCUGAUGACUCAAUUGCUCCUCCUUGCAUCAACGGCUGCAUCGAAGCCCGAGACUGCUUGCGGCUGGUUCUCCCCGGUCAAUCAAGGAUUCUGAUUCACUCUUCUAUCUGGGCGACUGCAGCUGUGAGUCAGAACGUUACUCAGGCCGAGAUCAGAGUUCAGACCCCACAGCCGAUGGCCAACGACUCCCCUUUAUUAUGUUCCGCGCCUUCCCCCCUUACGAUUGCUGCCUUAAGGCCUUCUUCUAUUCUCGGUUCCCCUUUUCUCAUUUUUGAUUGUUUUUCACGACCCAAUUGAGCUUUCAAAUACAGCUUCAACAUCAUCUCUCGACAAGUUGGCCGCAGAAUGACGACCUCCACCGAAGAAGCAGCAACCACGAUCUUAGUAUCAUGCAAACAAACACGCUUCCAUAUCGAGAGCCCGGUCUAUCAAGAACUCGACAUCGAGGGAUUAAACAUCACAGUCACAUCUGGAGCCGGGAAAGCAGCUGCAAAGCCAAAAGUGAAAGCGAGAGCUGAAGGGUUAGAAAUUCUCGCGAAUGCGAACUUGAAGCUCAAGGCUGGGGUGCAUUAUGCGCUCAUCGGACGAAAUGGGACGGGGAAGAGCACGAUCUUAAAAGCAGUGGCAGAGAAACUGAUCCCCGGCAUCCCGAUCCAGACACGGAUAUCAAUCUUGCAGCAAACAGCAAGCGAUGGCUCAGAUCCCGUUGCUGAUGCCACAGCUGCCAUCCAGGGCUUGGGGGUCGGCGAGGGUAACCAAUUCUCGGUGCUGGAAGAGGUCAUUGAUAGGGCGACGUCGAGGAAUGAGAUUCAGAGGGAGAUUGAUGUCCUUUCAAAGGCGAUUGAAAACCAUGAGUCGAACCUUGCUCCGCUGAGAGCGUUUCGGCAGAUUCACCAUGAUCGUUUGAAGAGGGAGUUAUUUGAGAAGGACAAGGAUGCGAGGCUGAGGAGUGGAGCGAGGGGCAUGGCUGCGAGGAAAGCGUUGAUUGCUUUUGAGAAGCUCGUGGUGGAGUCAGCUCAGCGGCUUUCACAGAAAGACGAGGAGAUUGAUGAGGAUACGAUCAAGGAGGAAACACAUCAAGCAAGUGAUCUCCUAGCUGAACUCCAGUCACAGCUUGAACCGGGGAAGAUUGCCGACAUUGAAGUCAAAGCUCGAGGUAUCCUAUCUGGCCUCGGCUUUCCCAAAGCCAACUUUGACAAAAAAGUCUCCACCUUGUCUGGAGGAUGGAAAAUGCGCACCAAUCUUGCAAGUGUUCUGCUCCAGCCAACUGACAUCCUGAUCCUCGACGAACCUACCAAUUUCCUUGACCUCCUCGGCAUCAUUUGGCUGCAGCGAUUCCUUCUCCAACUCCGGGAAACUGGUCCCAAUCCUCCAACCGUUGUUCUGGUUUCCCACGACCGAGAUUUCAUCAACACAGUCUGCCAAGAACUAAUCAUCCUCCGCGACCACGAACUCACGUACUUUCGCGGCGACCUCAAUACCUAUGACUCCUCGAUUCGCGACAAGAAGCUCUACCUAGGCCGCAUGCGCGACGCGCAAGAGAAGCAAAAAGCGCACAUGCAACAAACCAUCGCACAAAACAUCAAGCAAGGGAAAGCAGCUGGUGACGAGAAUAAACUCCGACAGGCCAAGUCCCGCCAAAAGAAACUCGAUAACCGCAUGGGCAUGGAGAAAUCCGCAACAGGCGGACGCUUCAAACUGAAUCGCGACCUUGAAGGCUGGCAUCUCACUGCACGGACGGAAAUCGAUGUCCCUGUCGAUGAAAAAGGGGUUUCUAUCCUGCUUCCUCCUGCACCUGACCUGCGAUUCCCAGGUCCGCUCGUCUCCCUCGAGAAAGUGAGCUUCAAAUAUCCCACCACCAAGAAAUCCCAGCCCUCACCAAUCGUACUGCAAGACAUCGACCUCACAAUCCACACUGGAGAUCGCAUCGGCGUCGUCGGUCUCAACGGGAGCGGCAAAUCAACAUUAAUCAAGCUCCUCACCGAUACCACGAAACCUUCUUCCGGCAUCGCGACACGUCACCCAAGGUUGAGAACGGGAUAUUAUUCCCAACAUGCCGUUGAAGACUUACAAGCUUUCGGUCGCUCUAAUCCAUCACUUACUGCUCUCUCCCUCCUCACUAAAGAUGUCGAGGGUAAAUUGGAUGAAGGCGAGAUCCGCGGCCUCCUCGGUUCACUCGGUCUUCCAGGUCGAACAGCCUCCGACGUCCCAUUGACAAAACUCUCAGGUGGCCAACUCGUACGCCUGGCGUUGGCAAGACUGCUGUGGCUGACUCCUCAAUUGCUGAUUCUCGAUGAAAUUACUACACACUUAGACUUUCACACGGUAACAGCAUUAGCGGACGCGCUUGGUAGUUGGAACGGCGCGAUUUUGUGCGUCAGCCAUGACAGAUAUUUAAUUAGGAGAGUUGUGGAGGGCGAGAAAGAUGACGAGGGGAGUGGCGAGGAGGAAGGUGAUGAGGAAGAGGAUCGCAGGAGGCGGAUGGUGUAUUUGUUGAAAGGUGGAUUGUUAAAAGUUCUGGAGAGGGGGGUCAGUGGCUUUGAAGAGAGUCUUGAGAAGAGGGUCGAGAAGUUAAUGGCUAGCUAAGUUAGUCGUUCAAAAUGGCAUAUUAAAAAGGAAUAGACAAAUUUGGCUG